UUCUAUCACCAUUAAUAUAAUACGUAUUCGUUUAAGUCUCUACAAAUAGGCCCUCCCUAAAGCUCUUACUCAGUCAUGAUCUGCUAGAACUAACUAGCUAGCUAGCUAUAGCUCCAAUUAUUAUACUCUCUCCAUGGAACUAAUUUCCUCGCCAGGACAUUAUUCUGUCGACGUUGAUGAAUUUAACAAGGCAAUCCUUGGAGAAGAAACCUGCUUAGAAGGUGGGGUUUUCGGUCCAAGCUUGCUUAGGACUACCGCAAAUUAUCAUCAGCCUGAACAAGCUAGCGCUCAAUAUUCCUCAAUAGACUUCAAAAGCGGGUACGCUAAUAUCAUGCAUACUUGUGAAUCUUUACUUAGCUUUGAGCAAAGUGAACAACAGGCUUCUCAGAAUAGUUUCUCCAAAAUCAAUAAUCAUAAAGCUGCUGAGUCGUACUCAAUGUGGGAGGGUAAUCCACGGCUCUUGGAGGAGCUCAGUUGUUUUCAGACAGCCAGCAAUUACAGCUCCAUUACCAAUACCACAACAAAAGACAGCCAACAGGGAGAUCAUGGUACAUAUGGAUGGUUAUACUCUGAAGCAACUGUGGUUGCUGACAGCAUCCAGGAUUCUGGAACACAUCAAACAUUCUUCAAUAAGCGUGCCCAUAUGGGAGAGAGCAUGCCAGCUCUAAAGAAGCAAUUUACCACUGCAAAUAAGAAGCCCAAGCCAAAGUCAGUCAGUUCGCCAAAGGACCCGCAAAGUAUUGCAGCCAAGAAUCGGAGAGAGCGGAUUAGCGAGCGGCUUAAGACACUGCAGGAACUUGUACCUAAUGGUUCCAAGGCUGAUCUGGUUACGAUGUUAGACAAAGCCAUUAGUUAUGUCAAGUUUCUUCAACUGCAAGUAAAGGUGUUGGCAACAGAUGAAUUUUGGCCUGCUCAAGGUGGGAAAGCUCCUGAUAUUUCUCAAGUAAAGGAAGCAAUUGAUGCCAUUCUCUCCUCUCAGAGAGACAGGAACUCGAGCUCAUGAAAGCUAUGGUUAAAAUAAGAAAAUAAAGAUCGAAGAAGAGUCAGAAUACAGUAAUAAAAUCCAAGGAUAACGUCUUUGUUUUGGAAGUUAGCACUCGAGGUCUAGUAAAAGAUCAGAUAUAUUACUUGGUAGAUAACAUUUUUUUUUUUCUGCUAUUUUUGAAGCUCUUGUAAUCACAUUUCUAAGAAAUGCUUAUUUCGACUAGGUUUCUUCUUCCUUUAUUCAUAUUUCAUUUUUUUUCUUCUCUUAAGUCUCUUUUCAUCACAACUUCGAGGUCUUA